AUGACUUUUUCAUUUAAUCCUACAGCUGAAGACUUUUGCCCUGUGGGGAACCAAGCCGAAACUCUCGAGUUCCCUGAUCCUGAACACACAUCUAUGUACGAUGAUGCUGAGACCUCCGAAGUCGAAAGGGGUGGCCAGUAUGCCAUCACUGCGUAUCUCAAGGAGAACGGGUGGGAGAGCUCCAAAGGCGACACCCACUUCAACAAGCAACGACGAGUGGCAGAUGAGCCCACUGAAAAGGACGCUCGUUUCUUCUACAACAUGAUGCACAAGAUAGGACGUGACAUGAACAAGGCCACACGUGCUUUUGACCUGUCCGGAAUCAAGAACCCAGCCUUGCUGGAUAUGUGCAUGGCCCCCGGUGCCUUUGUCGCACAGGUCUUGGACAAGUACCCCAAUGCCCGAGUGAGGACCAUGAGUCUCCCCCUCAAGGAUGGGGGCCACCGGGUUAGGCUGGGUCACCACAAUGUCGCCGUCGAAUUUCGAGAUAUCACCAUGUUGGCAGCCGACAUUGGCAUGCAGAUGGACGAUGUACCGACAUCUGGGCCUGACCCAGGCAAUCUUGAAUUCACAAAGGUCUUUUCUGAUUCCGAAAGAUUCGACCUUGUCUUGUGUGAUGGUGCCGUUAGACGCACACAUCAACGGACAGCAUGGCGAGAGCGUCGCGAAGCUACUCGUCUCACACUCACGCAGCUUGCAAUCGGUCUUGAACACCUAAAUAACGGUGGCACCAUGGUUAUUCUACUACACAAACUCGACAGCUGGCCCUGCUUCAGUUUGAUCCACAACUUCAGCAAGUUCUCCACCGUCCAGCUGUUCAAGCAUCCCCAGUACCACAAGUUAAGAUCCUCAUUCUAUCUCGUGGCCAAGAACAUCCAGGCCGACAGUACCCCGGCCAAGACACUGGUUCUGGAAUGGAAGGAAAGGUACAAGAUUGCUACGGUUGGCACAGAGGAAGGCUAUUCAAGGAUUCUACAAGUGAGAAGCCAAGAUGCGCAGGCAGCUUUGAAUGAGUUUGGGGAGGAGUUUAUAGCCAUGGGACGCAAGAUCUGGAAGCUUCAGGCAGAGGCCUUGGCAAAGGCUUCGUUUAUGAAGGCUGAAGAUGAGAGCCAGUGCAAGGGAAAUGAAAGCGAGGGCAUCGGCCAGCAAGACAUGUUCUAG